AAAGCCAGAACCCUUGUUAGAACUCGCAUUGCCUACUGGUAAUGGUACGUCCCUCUCCACCGCUGCUGCGCAGGCGCCACUCGGUCCGUCCAGUACCUAGGGGUGAUGGGAAGCGGAUGUGCUUUAAAGACCGGGGAGGCCGGACCCUGAUAGCAUAGGUUGCUGUUACCUGCUGUUGAUCUUUCGGGAAUUGACAGAGAAGGUAAAGUGCAUACCUGAGAUCACUGUUCAACCAGAUUCCAGCAUACCUCCACCCCAGUUUGCUCUGUUAUCUUCAGAAGCCCCCAGGCUGUGGCCACAGAGACCUCAUCCAGCAUAACAGGAUGGCAGUGUCCCCGGAAUCACUGAGCUUCAGGGAUGUGUUUGUGGACUUCACCCUGGAGGAGUGGCAGCAGCUGGACUCUGCUCAGAAGAACCUCUACAGGGAUGUCAUGCUUGAGAACUACAGCCACCUGGUGUCUGUGGGGUAUCUAGUUGCCCAAUCAGAUGCAGUCUUCAGCUUGAGACGAAAAGAGGCCUGGGGGGCAGAAAGAGGAACCCAGAUGAAGAGCUGUCCAGGUGAGCACGUGCCAGAUGUAUCCAUUUUUGCCUCAUGUAUUUUGAAGUGCUGUUAUUAGAAGUCUGGCAAGUUGAUGGGUGGAUAGAUAACUACGAGGAAAACCAAGACAACCCACCCCUGUGACGAGCUACAUUCAGAGACAAGGAAAUACUGAAGGAUCAAAGGGGCCAAGAAUGCAGAACAUGCAGAAAAAUCAUGUAUGUGCACAGAGACUUGGUUUCUAUAAGACAAAGACUCCCUAAAUAUUACUCAUGGAGAAGGUAUUCAGCAUAACUUAAGCUUUCUUAGUUAAAACAAAAGAUAUGUAAGAAAGAUAAUGGGUGUAAGUCACAUUGGAAAUUAUGCCUCUGUUUUAUACUUGAUAAAACCAAACCUGCACAGAAAUUACGUGAAAUCAAUCAACAAGGAAAAGCUCUCCACCACAAGCAAGCCUUUAAUAAAAGGUAGAAUAUUCAAGCUGGGGAGAAACUUAUGAAUGUGGAAAAUUUUUAUCCAUAAAGCACACCUUGUUGUACAUCAAAGAACUCACACUGGAGAGAAGCCUUAUAAAUACCCUGAAUGUGCAAAAGCUUUUUUAUUACCAAAAGUCAACCCUCAUAUACUAGAAUUGAAAUGCCCUAUAAAUGCAGUGAAUGUGGGGAAAUCUUUAUCCAGAAGGCACCACUCAUUAAACUUUAGAGGAUCCAUACAGUAGAGAAACUUUAUGGAAGUAAUGAAUGUGGAAAUUCUUUCAGUGUGAAAUCAACUCUCAUUGUGCAGCAUAGAACUCCCACAAAAGAGAAGUCUUGUGGCAAAGCCUUCAGUGGAAAGACAUUGUUCAUUAAAAAUCAAAGAAAUCAUUUAGGAGAUAAAAUGUAAAACCCAUGAAUAAACCUUUAAGUGUGAUAA